AUGUGGCGUGUCGUGGUAGCAAGAUCAGAUGACAACAGUACACUGUUGUCAUCAGAAAUAUCAACGAGUACAGUGGGGCCAAGUCACCACAUACCCGCAACAAGUCACCACUAUUAUCCUACUUAUCCACCACCACCACCGCCUCCUCCUCCUCCUCCCCCGCACCACGGUUAUCAAAGUCAGCAUGACAUGCGCCACGAUAUGAGAGCUGAUUCUUCUCACCUGAGGCCCGAAUUGAGACACCAGGAGAUGCUUAGAAGUGAUUUGCAUCUCAGACAGGACAUCAGGCAUGAUUUGAAUGUCCAAGGGCAUCACCAAGACAUGUCUUCCAUGAGACAUGCUCAACAAAAUCACCACGAGUUGACCGAACUGAGGCCCAGCCACGAACUCCAGGAACUUAAGAUUGACGGGCCCGAGUUGAGGAGUCGGGACCAACAGCAAGGACUUCAGCAGCAGCAGCAGCAGCAGCAGCAGAGGAAUUUAAAAAGGACUUUAAGUGACUCCGAUUGUGAUGAUGUUUUUUCGGAAGAAAGUGGAAAAGAACCGUGUAAUUCGCCUGGAGGUGAUUCUUGUCAGCACACAUCCCGCAAGCGACGACGUGGAAUGAUUGAAAAAAAGCGACGUGACAGGAUAAAUGCGUCUCUUGGAGAAUUAAGACGGUUGGUACCUGCGGCCGCAAGAGAUCCUCACUCAGGGAAACUCGAGAAGGCUGAAAUUCUCCAGCUAACUGUUGAACAUUUGAGGACCUUGAGGAAUAAAGGACCAGAAGGAUACGACACGACAAAAUUAGCAAUGGAUUACCACGCAGUGGGUUGGGGUGAGUGCGCAGCGGAAGUAGGGCGUUAUCUAGUGACAAUGGAAGGGCUCGACGAGCGGGAUCCUCUGAGAUUACGUUUGCUGUCCCAUCUACAGAGUUUUCAUCGGGAACACCCCCCACCCAGUAAUACAUCAUCGAUUCCACCUAGCGGUUCAAUCACUGCGGCAUCCACCCCCGGUAAUUACGAAGGAAUGGCUGGGGGUAAUGGAAUGCCUCCAGGUGCUCAAGGAGUUCCUCCGCUUAUCGGCGGGGGGGCUCUCGGCUGGGGACAAUAUCAUCCCGGUCAGUAUCCUCAGCAGCAGCACGGCAAGCCCUAUCGACCUUGGGGCGCUGAAUUAGCUUAUUAA